AUGGCUUCUCGAGUGAGGAGAAUGCCACCCAUCAAGGUGGAUGAGUAUCGCUGGCGAUCACCCCCCAAUGACACAAGAUUGAGAGUACGCCGUGCCUGUGCGACUGAGGCCAUGUUUGGCAUUGAAGCAAGUAAUCAUAAUGGCGAAAAUGACUUCUUCAUUGCAACUACUGUUCGCUUCCACGCUUCGUCUGCCGGUUCUAAGAUACUCACACUCCGUGAUUUAGAACGGAUGACUCAGUCCUCCUUAGUACAGCUCAGGGUGUCACAGCCACAAGUAGCCGUGACUCUCUCAUGGGACAAGCAGGGUAAAUGUAUGCUCCAAUAUCGAACCCCAAAAGUCGUGGAUGAAGUACACCAAUGGGCAGCCAGUAUUGUGACUGCAGAGGCGAAUUUACAUAGCCCUAUCGAUAUGCGAGAUCAAGUGGAGGAGAAGAAAAACCAGGAAUCCAGCAUAUCUAAUAAUAACGCCAUCACGGUGUAUAUAUCUUCGCCCGUAACCGCAUUGGAUGCGGGCCUGGAGAAUUCUGAGGUGCAUUAUCUCUUCCGCUUCAAUCACUGUCUAUUCGAUGGGAUCGCUGCACGGCAGAUAGUGGCCAUGCUUUUUCAGAGUCUGGUUGCCGAGAUGUCUGAUUCUUCAUUCAAUAAAUAUGAAGAUGUAGACUGGAAGCAAAGCACAAACAAUCUACCCCCUGCUUUUGUAGAAUUGAUGGACUCUGAACAGGAUCUAUGCGGCCCUAGGUUCGAUCGUACUGUGCAUGACCAUAUGGCACUCAUGAAAAAGAAGAGUACCUUAGGGUUAAAUCCACUGCAGUCAAAUCCUAAAAGGCCACAGACGGAGUUUUAUACUUUCACAGAAGCUGAAAGUCAGUCUAUGUUGUCUAGUAUUCGUACUCGCCUCCAGCCUGGGCAUAGCAUCACACAUCUAGCGAUGGGUGCAGUAUUAUUGGCUCUGAUGAAGGCCGAUAGUGCGCGAAACGCCACAAGUUUCAGCAGUAUAUCCGUCAUAGAUGGUCGGCGGUAUCUGAAAGAGGACUAUAAAAAGGGCGAAAAGCCCUAUAUUGCUUCUUGUCAAGCUCCAGCCAUCAUAUUAUUUGAGAAUGUCAAUGAAUUAGCCAUCGGCGAUAUCUCUAGCAAAAGAGAAUUACGAGAUAAACUAGUGAAGGCCGCAGGACUCGCGAAAAAUUCCUUCAUCAGCAAUGUAGCUACGCCUUGUAAGCUUUCCAUGUCCGUUCCAGUUAUGGAAUUUGGAGCAGUGUUAGCAGCCAUGAGCCAAAAGCCUUUAGCGCCGCCCCAGAUAGAAAGCCCAGUAUUUGCCAGCGAUGGAAUUAAUGAACGGUAUAUUCCUCGAGAAUUUUACGCACAUUCAAACGAGAAAGCCAUUCAUGUGGAUGAUGUAUAUUUCUUCUCAAAUCAGUCAUUAUGUACAGUUUCCGUUCGCCUAUCUAGUUGGAGAGAUUGUGUAAGGCUCUCCAUAGAUUAUAAUGAGGGAUGUCAUGAUAAAAAAGAUAUGAUCGCAUUUGUAAACGAGAUUGCAAAAAUAAUGUUAGUCUUGUCAAAUGAAACGGAUUAG